AUCUUAAAUCCGAAGCAAUAACAUUUAAUUCAUUACCUCCUCUUUCCCGGAAAUUUCAGUGUCUGAUUCAGGGUUCUAUUUCUUCGAAUCAGACAUUGUAAUCGUCUGUAACUGAUCUUGUUAUUUGCAAAUGGGGGGGACGGAAGAUUCAAAUUUGUAGAGUUUCUUAUCUUUUCUUUUUUAUUUUGGACAGAUUGCAUAGGUUUUGCAGCAAUUUCGUCUUCUUUAAUCUUGAAACUGUUAUAGGGUUUUCGUUAGUUGUUCUUUGUUUUACUGGGAAGUGAUUAUCUUCCCAGAUCGGUUACGAUGCAACCCAAUCGCUCCGUUGCUCCAGCGAUUGAUUUGAUACCAAACCUCAAACCUCCCCAUAGAACUUUAGAUUUUCACAGAAUCUUAGUUCUCACCAUUACUUUCUUUGCAUAUGCGUCCUUCCACGCCUCAAGAAAACCUCCCAGCAUUGUCAAGAGUGUGCUUGGACCAACAAUCCCGGUAAACUCGUCAGCCAUUUUGCUGAAUUCGACUUCAAUUGAAUCUGAUUUGACCUCAAAUGGAACUGGGUGGGCUCCUUUUAAUGGCCCUGAUGGCACCCAGUUGCUCGGGAAGCUUGAUCUUGCAUUUCUUUCUGCAUAUUCCAUUGGGAUGUAUUUUGCAGGACAUGUUGGUGACCGUAUUGAUUUGAGGUUGUUUCUUGUUUUUGGGAUGAUGGGUAGCGGUAUUUGUACGAUACUAUUCGGGUUAGGAUAUUGGUUAAAUCUUCAUGUCUUGUGGUUUUUCUUUAGUGUUCAGAUUGUGUGUGGUCUAGUUCAGUCAAUUGGAUGGCCAUGUGUGGUGGCAAUUGUAGGAAAUUGGUUUGGGAGAGCUAGGAGGGGACUGAUAAUGGGGAUCUGGAAUUCGCAUACUUCAGUUGGAAACAUUGUCGGGUCGAUUAUAGCUUCCGGGAUCUUGGAACUUGGAUGGGGUUGGUCGUUUGUGGUACCGGGAGCUUUGGUGAUUUUCGUUGGUGUUUUGGUGUUUCUGUUUCUUGUUGUAAGUCCAAGAGACAUUGGCUUUGAAAACUCUGUUACUGAGAUUGAAUUGAACGCUGAGGUGAGUCCAGUUGAAAAAUUGGAGAUUACAGAUUCUGAGGAGGCAGUGUUGCUUGAUGAUGAGCAUUCAGAUUCUAUGGCUGCAAUUGGUUUCUUGGAGGCAUGGAAGUUACCGGGUGUUGCACCAUUUGCCGUUUGUCUUUUCUUUUCGAAGCUGGUCGCUUACACCUUUCUCUACUGGUUGCCAUUUUACAUCAGGCACACAGCUGUUGCUGGUGUGCAUUUAUCUCAUAAAACAGCCGGCAUACUCUCAACGAUUUUCGAUAUCGGAGGUGUUUGUGGUGGAAUAUUAGCAGGAUUUAUCUCUGAUUUGAUUGAUGCCCGUGCAGUUACUUCAAUAACAUUCCUAGUACUAUCAGUUCCUGCUCUAAUUCUUUACCGUACUUUUGGGAGCAUUUCCACUGUCACCAACACCUGUUUGAUGUUUCUUUCUGGAUUAUUUGUCAAUGGCCCGUACUCGCUUAUUACAACAGCAGUUGCUGCUGAUCUCGGUACGCAGAGUUCGAUUGGAGGGAAUUCCCGCGCUUUAGCAACUGUAACCGCGAUCAUUGAUGGGACUGGAUCUGUUGGGGCAGCUCUUGGCCCUCUAAUGGCAGGAUAUGUUUCCAGUUUUGGAUGGAACGGUGUGUUUUUCGUGCUGAUUCUUUCCAUAUUCUUUGCGGCUCUCUGCUUGAUUCGCUUAGCAAAAACUGAAAUCAAAGAAAAGUUGAACGAAGGACGAUGGUUUUCUAGUAAGCAGACCUCACCAACAGUGGUUUAAGAGAUCUUCUUAGGAAAUUUGAAAUUUGUUCACAGUUAGAGUAGUAGAUUUCUGAUAGGAAAAAUAUACUUGACAAAUUUUUCGACCGUAUUUGUACAUCGUUGUAUCCUAUUCUUUUGUAUUCGUUAGAAAAGAUUCAUGUACCAUACACAGUUGAUUGAGUGUAGAAUACAGAAAAUAAUCAGAAUCUGUUGAUGUUUGGUUUACAUCAUCACUUGAACAA